AUUGACAGUACCUCAAUCGACUAAUCACAAUAUUUUCGCUUCAAACCAUGUUUAUUUUUACGUAAUAUUUCACAAACGAAAUGUCAGUGUUUUGGUAAACAAAAAUGAUCAAAUGCAUCCUUUUCUCGGAAAGACUUGGUCCCUUAACUUAUAUACUGGGAUCAACACAAAUCAGAACUGUGACAAUAGUGACCGACACACAAAUCGAAGAAUGCUACAACAUCCUGAAAAUUCCACUUAAUUCUAAGCAAGAUGUAGUGCAAACAGCGUUUUUAGAUUUGGCCAAAAUUUACCACCCUGACUCUGGUUCACCAGAAGCUUGUAUUGAGAAAUUUGUGGACAUCGAAAAUGCGUUCCGUAUACUUACCAAGCACAACACGGGGAAGAGCAGCCAAGAAGAUGUGGAGAAAAUAGUUCAUGAUAUUAGACAUACAGCGCCACAGCACCGGCAGUACCUGAGCUUCGACGGCGUAGGCUAUGGCACUCCAUUCCAGAGACAGAAGCAAUGGACUCAGGCCCGUGCUCAGCGGGCAGCAACCAACAUAAUGGAGCACCGGGUCUCUAAGGCCGUAGCUUCGGAGAACACACUUAUGAAGAAGGGUCAGGGUUACGGAAAGAAGCACGACAUUAAAACGAAAUACGGCAUCGACCGUCUAGUGGAAGACCUUAUCCAAGAAUCGAUGUCGAAAGGCGAGUUCAAGAAGCUCAGCGGCAUUGGCAAACCCUUGAAGGAUCAGAACACGAAUCCUUACGUCGACUUUACCACGCACAAGUUGAAUGAGGUGCUAAUAAACAACGGUUUCGUCCCAGAAUGGAUAACGAUGAACAAAGAAAUAGACCAAGACAUAGACGCCCUAAAGGAUGAGAUCAGACGCGACAGGAGCUACCUCGGCCCUUACCCUCUAUCAGAGCAAGACAUCCUAAAAUGGGACCGCAUAUGCGAAGCGAACCGGGAACUAGCCAAAUCUAUAAACACUAAAAUUAAUACGUAUAAUUUAACAGUCCCUUUGAUAAACAAUCAGAAAUUCCAUGUAGAUUUCGACAAGAUUUGCGAAGAUGUUUUGGUGAGUGGAGUACAUUCAGUUAAACCAGAUAGUAAUGUGAAGGAAAAGUCUGUACCUAUAGUUUCUAAUAGCUCGGACCACGAUUUUAUUGGAGUGUUUUUUAAAGCGUUAGGGGAUUUAUUCAAUUUCAAAUCUAAGAAAAAUGUAGAUAGUUAAGCGGAAUAUUUUAUUCAAAAAGUGGCCUUAAGGUGAGAUGACCAUAGGUGCAUUGGGGUCAUUUCGGGGGUAAUUAUGAAAAUCCCGGAUUAUACUAAAAAACAAGAUUCAACAAGAUUGAACUAAAGUAUAAUGUUCUAUGUUUGAAGUAUAAAAAUGUUAUUUUGCAAAUUACUACCCAAGUGUAGUUUUUUAUAAUUGGCUGCUGCUGGAGGCUAAAAAAAUCAUAUUUUGAAAAUAGGUAUUUCACAAAAAAUUUGAAUGUCUAGAUCGAAUGACAAAUUAAAACACGAAUAUUUAUUGCACUUCAGCACUCAAUUAUAUAAAAAAAGUCUGUUUUAAGCAGUUCAUCUCUGCUUAUAUGUAACAAAAUGAUUGCAUGCAUGCAUGUAUGUUAGUAAUACCCGUAUUUGGACUAAUAAUAUAAUUCUAGACGAACAUCAACAAAUAACGGGUGAGAUUGAAACUAUUUGUAGCUGUAUCAAGAUGUAUAAACAGAGGAAAAGCUAAAGUAGUCAAAAAAUAAUUUAAUCCUCUUUUAACAUUAUAAACUGAGCCAAAACACUUUAUUACACCUUAUUUCUCUGUAAUAAGGUAGAAAAUAAGGCAAUGAAUUUGCUAGACUA